AUGGUCCCGCGCAGCCGUUGCGACCUGCUGCCCUUCUAUGCCCGUCUGGUUGCUGCUCUGCAUCCAGUCAUGCCAGAUCUGAGUCAGGAACUCAAUGAGAUGCUUCUAGAUGAGUUUCGCUGGCAUGUUGCAAAGAAGGACCAAGUGAACCUGGAGAUGAAGUUAAAGACUGUUCGGUUCAUCGGUAAGUCCGUCCUUACCCUCUCCUGCAAUUUCCAUGGUGAUAACCGCGUUUGCAUGAUUUUUAAUUUUGUUUAG